UAUAAGUUCACUGGCAUAAUUACAAUUCAAUAUUUGUCUUCACAAAGAGAGAGAGAUGGCGACGGAAACGGAAGUGGUGGUUGCUCCGGUAAGCAACGGUGGAAGCAAAGGAUGUUGCAAGUACGGUGGUCCUGGUUACGCGACGCCUCUAGCCGCUAUGUCUGGUCCGAGUGAGAAACUUAUCUACGUCACCGCCGUCUACACCGGAACUGGAAUAGAUAAACCGGACUAUCUGGCGACGGUGGAUGUGGAUCCGAGCUCGCCUUCGUAUUCAAGGGUUAUUCAUAGAUUGCCAAUGCCUUUUGUUGGUGAUGAGCUUCAUCAUUCUGGUUGGAACUCUUGUAGUUCUUGCCAUGGUGAUGCUUCUGCUGAUAGACGUUAUCUUGUGUUACCGUCUCUUAUAUCUGGUCGUAUUUAUGCGAUUGAUACUAAGGAAAACCCGAGGGCUCCGUCUUUGUAUAAGUAUGUUGAUCCUAAAGAGAUUGCUGAUAAGACUGGAUUGGCGUUUCCACAUACGGCUCAUUGCCUUGCUACGGGUGAGAUCUUGGUGUCGUGUCUUGGGGACGAAGAGGGGAACGCCAAGGGGAAUGGGUUUCUUCUUCUUGACUCUGAUUUUAACAUCAAGAAUAGGUGGGAAAAACCAGGACAUAGUCCUUUGUUUGGGUAUGAUUUUUGGUACCAACCUCGGCACAAGACCAUGAUCAGCACAUCUUGGGGAGCACCUAAAGCCUUCUCCAAAGGUUUCAAUCUCCAACACGUUGCGGAUGGCUUAUAUGGAAGUCAUCUACAUGUUUAUAGUUGGCCAGGAGGUGAAAUGAAACAAUUAAUUGACCUUGGACCGACUGGUCUCUUACCUUUGGAGAUUAGAUUCUUGCACGAGCCGUCUAAAGAUACAGGGUUUGUUGGGAGUGCCUUGUCAAGUAAUAUGAUAAGAUUUUUCAAGAACAGUGAUGAAACAUGGAACCAUGAGGUGGUUGUAUCAGUUAAACCGCUGAAAGUAGAAAACUGGAUUCUUCCAGAAAUGCCGGGGCUUAUCACCGACUUCUUGAUCUCCCUCGAUGACCGAUUCAUCUACUUUGUGAACUGGCUCCAUGGAGACGUUCGUCAGUACAACAUUGAGGACCCUAAAAACCCUAUCUUAACAGGACAAAUUUGGGUCGGAGGAUUACUACAAAAGGGCAGUCCUGUUAAGGCGGUUGGAGAAGACGGCAACACUUUCCAAUUCGAUGUUCCUCAGAUCAAGGGUAACUCUCUACGAGGAGGACCUCAAAUGAUCCAGCUGAGCCUUGAUGGGAAACGAUUGUAUGCAACAAACUCGCUGUUUAGCGCAUGGGAUCUUCAGUUUUACCCGGAAAUCAUGGAGAAAGGCUCACACAUAAUUCAGAUUGAUGUUGAUACAGACAAAGGUGGUCUCACCAUAAACCCCGACUUCUUUGUGGACUUUGGUGAUGAACCGGACGGUCCUGCACUAGCCCACGAGAUGAGAUAUCCCGGUGGAGACUGCACUUCCGAUAUCUGGAUUUGAAUUUGGCCUGUCUGUUUAAAAAGGAAGUUAUGUGUUAAGUUUAAAAUGAGUUUUAUUUGUUGUUGUGUGUUUUGUAGUGUUGAAUAAAAAUUAGAUGACCCAGCACUUGUUUGUACACUUAGACUCCUUGUCUCUUAUAUGCUUUGUUAUAAAUUGAGUUGUUUAUGUGGUAAGUUUAAAUAGAGUUUUAUUAGUUGUUGUGUGUUUAGUAAAGUUGAAUAAAAAGGGAGUAAGAAGAGGUCAAGACAA